GAAACUUUGAAAGUUGGAUGCUGCAGACCCGGUACCGGGAAGUUUCCUGUGGGUGGCAGGUUCUUCUUUGCUGUAUCUGGAGACAUGGGUAGCAAGAAGCUAAGACGAGUGGGUUUAUCACAAGAAUUAUGUGACCGUCUGAGCAGACAUCAGAUUGUUACCUGCCAGGACUUUUUAUGCCUGUCUCCUUUGGAGCUUAUGAAGAUGACUGGCCUGAGUUAUCAAGGUGUCCAUGAACUUCUGUAUACGGUCAGCAGGGCCUGUGCCCCACAGAUGCAAACGGCUUAUGGACUAAAGACACAAAGGUCUGCUCAUCUCUCACCAGCAUUCUUAUCUACUACUCUUCCUGCUUUGGAUGAAGCUCUGCAUGGUGGUGUGGCUUGUGGAUCCCUCACCGAGGUUACAGGUCCACCAGGUUGUGGAAAAACUCAGUUUUGUAUAAUGAUGAGUGUUCUGGCGACAUUACCUACCUAUAUGGGAGGAUUAGAUGGAGCUGUUGUGUACAUUGACACAGAGUCAGCAUUUAGUGCUGAAAGAUUGGUUAAGAUAGCAGAAUCCCGUUUUCCCAGGUAUUUUAACACUGAAGAAAAAUUACUUUCGACAAGUAGUAAAGUUCAUCUUUAUCGGGAGCUCACCUGUGAUGAAGUUCUGCAAAGGAUUGAAUCUUUGGAAGAAGAUAUUAUUUCAAAAGGAGUUAAACUUGUGAUUAUUGACUCUGUUGCUUCUGUGGUGAGAAAGGAGUUUGAUACCCAACUUCAAGGUAAUAUGAAAGAAAGAAACAAGUUCUUGGCAAAAGAAGCAUCCUUAUUGAAGUAUUUGGCUGAGGAAUUUUCAAUCCCGGUUAUCUUGACGAAUCAAAUUACAACCCAUCUGAGCGGAGCCCUUGCUUCUCAGGCAGACCUGGUGUCUCCAGCUGAUGAUUUGUCCCUGUCUGAAGGGACUUCUGGGUCCAGCUGUCUGACAGCCGCACUAGGAAACACCUGGAGUCACAGUGUGAACACCCGGCUGAUUCUCCAGUACCUUGAUUCAGAGAGAAGACAAGUUCUCAUUGCCAAGUCCCCCCUGGCUCCCUUCACCUCAUUUGUCUACACCAUCAAGGAGGAAGGUCUGGUUCUUCAAGAACCUGGAAGCCAUUUGGCCAUCCUUGCAGAAUUAACAAUCUGCAUUUGUGAAAAUGCUCAGGCAAACAGAGGCCAUAGGGAUAGUAUGACCUUUGUCUAGAGCUGAUGGGGGUGUGAUUUGUGAAAUGAAACAGAACCGGGCUGCUUGGAAGAAGGAAACGGAAGCCAACAUAAUGGGGAUUAAUUAGUUGAUUGCUGUUGAGAUGCUAACAGAUUUGCUCCUGGACCAUUGAGCCAGAAAUUUCAGACCUAGCAGGGAAGGUGAAGAUGAAGAAGCUUUUGUUCAGGUCUCUAGAUGUGUAGGGCUAAGGGCUUUGCCACCAUGGGAUAUCAACAGCCAUAAUAAUAAUAAUUUGCACUUAUAUAGCACCUUUCAACCAGCCACCUCAAAGAGGUUUAACCACAUUAAUUAAUUAAAGCCCACAAUCCCCCUGGGGAGAGGAGGAGGAUAGCUAAUAAGAUUUGUAAUUACAGGAGGGAACAUUUCCGAAUAAAGUAUUGUCCACCAAAUAAAAAGAGUAGGUGUAAAGGAAUGGGGGUCUCCAAAGAGUGACUGAUUCAGAAAUGAAUCAUGGAAUGAUG